ACAAAGCUCUGACCAAAAACGGGGCCGUGGAAAGGCGCCUCACAAAGCUCUGACCAACAGUGGGGCCGUGGAAAGACCCCUCACAAAGCUCUGACCAAAAACGGGGCCGUGGAAAGGCGCCUCACAAAGCUCCGUUCGCUCCACUUUCUAACACGACUGUCGCUUUCCUUCCUCACCACCGCGUCCUGUGGGGCAGGGUGGGAGCUUGGCCCCUGCCAGGGGCUGCUGGUGUCUGCUGCAAGCGCCCCCUUGGAUUUGAAAAAGGAGUUUCUCGAGACAUCGGGGCUGGGACAGAGGAAUUUUCACGCGCGUUCCGGGGGUGCCAAGGCAUAUUCCAGCCAAGCUCUCCAGCCCGGAUCGCCGGGGCAGCGGAAGGAGGCGCGGCCCGCCUGCGGCGGACGCUGCCCAUGGCGCCGCGCAUGCGGGGAGCGGCCGCCAUGGCCGCUGUCCGCGCCGAGCCGUUCGCUGUGCGGCCUCCCGCUCCCUGAGCGCCUUCUGAGGGGCCGGCGGGCCCGCGCCGCCAUGCGAUUCCGGGCUAAGAUCGUGGAUCUCGCCUGCCUCAACCACUUCAGCCGUAUAAUUAACACAAUCGCCAAGUUAGCCAAGACCUGCAUCCUGCGCCUGACUGUCUGCAAGCUGUAUUUCAUCCUCUCCGACAAAGUAGCAAAUGGAGGCGCCAGUAUGUGGUGUGAGCUGAGCCAGGGGAACUUCUUCGACGAAUUUCAGAUGGAAGGAGUAGCUGCAGAGCACAAUGAAAUCUAUUUAGAGUUGGUGCCUGAGAACCUGUCGAGAGCAUUAAAAACUGCCCAGAAUGCUAAGGCAGUGAAGAUCAAGUUGACUAAUAAACACUGUCCCUGUCUCAGUGUUGCUGUGGAGCUACCAUCAUUAUCAAGCAGCAGUAGGAUUGUGACACAUGACAUUCCCGUGGGAGUUAUUCCCAGAAGAAUGUGGAAUGACUUCAGAGAGCCCAGUGUGCCGGACUUUGAUGUCAGCAUUUACCUACCAGCACUGAAAACAAUGAAGAGUGUUGUGGAAAGAAUGAAGAAUCUCAGCAAUUUGAUUGUGAUUGAAGCAAACUUGAGUGGUGAAAUGAACUUGAAAAUAGAAACUGACUUAGUAUCUGUAACAACACAUUUUAAAGACCUGGGAAAUCCUCCCUGGGCAUCAGAGGAUGGAUGUGAAAGUAAUACUCAAGACAGAGAUCUGGAAAGUAUGGCUGAAGCAUGCAUAGACAUCAAGAAGCUGCAGCAGCUGCUUGCUGGACAGCAGGUCAAUCCUACAAAAGCAUUGUGCAAUAUUGUACGUAAAAGAAUUGUCCACUUCAUCUUGCUCCAUGAGGAGGUUUCACUUCAGUAUUUUAUUCCAGCAAUUGCCUGAGUGUUUUGGAAUCUUGGUCAUUUUCCAACCUGAGGCCUCUUUCAUGAAGUCUGAAAUCUUUCCUAAUUCGCUGGAGUGUUUUGAUGUGAGACACUGUUAGACGCAGCUAUCAGAUGGACAUUAUUUCAAUAUUUAUGAAAGUGUUCAAAAUACAUCCUCAUGCAGAUGGCCAUUUUUGUGAAGAGUUGUAUGCUGUGAAAGACACAAUGCUGGGGAGUGUUGAUAUAUCUUACUCUCAGGAGGAUUAAAACUGAAAUUUGCCUUACCCACAGCUCAAAGCAUUCCAAAAGUGCACUCAAUUAAAUACUUCAGUUUACUCAAAAGACUAAAAGUAGAAUUCACCUCUGGAACUGCUGCUGUGUGUAUUCAGUAUUGAGCAAUGCAAUCCAAGUUAAGGGAUCUCUGAACAAUCUGUCAUACCUCCAUGGAACUGGAGAGCCUUCUGGAGAGUUGCCAGGUUGCUAUUUGCCUGGACAAGUAUGUGCAGCCCUCCCAAAGUGGUACGGAAUUGAAUUCUGUUCUCGUAGAAAACUUUUGACUAGGCUUGCUCCAGCAUACCUCAGUAGUUCUGUUUGUGCUUACUCUUUGUUUACCUCUUGGCUUGAAAGGACGAGCAAAACAGUGUGGAUUACUUUGUUAAUGUGGGCAGUGAAAAUCCCUAUGUACACAAGGAAUAUAGUAUGAGGACAUGCACGAGCACAGCAAUUGCUGUGGAAUAAAGAACAAGUUAUCUGUG